CUCUUCGAUCGGUUGGUUGAUUUAUGGUAAAGUUAAUAAAAGUAGCUUCUCGUUAAUUGAAAGAGAAAGCCUUUUUGCUGAUAUUUUAUUGACAAAUUUGUAUUAAAAGUUCAAUCGUUUAGUGUGGUUUAAGGCAUUGUCAGGUUAGGAAGUGAGACAGCUAACAUAUAAAAUGUACCCAAGUAAUCUUUUCAGACUCAUUCUAUUAUUGAGUCUAGUUUCAAUUUUAUUGGGAGCAAAAAUACAACCUAAGAACGAAAACGAUCCUUCGAAUAAAAAGCCAUGGGGUCUUAUGGAAGCUAUAGAUGCCACAAAAAAGCUCAAAGGAUUUAAUGGAACUUGGAUAUCAGAUACCGAACUUUACUACACAGCAACUGAUAAAACAAUCCACAUUUAUAAUGUUGAAAAACAAUCUGAUAAGGUUUUCAUCUAUGAUGAAUUUCUGCAACAAUAUUCAGAUGGAACAUUUACACUUUCGCCUGAUAACAAAAAGAUUCUAAUCCGUCAUGGAUUGGAACAAGUUUUUCGUCAUUCUUACAUUGCCAAUUAUGACGUUUUCGAUACUGAAACUGGAAAAAUAAGUAAAGUCCACGAAGGAAAGAAACUUCAACAUUGCGUUUGGUCAACGUCCAAAGGUCGUCUGUCCUACGUCUAUGAAAAUGACGUUUUUGUACGAUUCGAAACCGAUGUAGAAAUCCAAAUUACCAAAGAAGGUGUCACUGGGGAAAUUUAUAAUGGAGUACCCGAUUGGGUGUAUGAGGAAGAAGUUCUUAGCAGCGCCAGUGCUAUGUGGUGGUCACCGGAUGGAAAUAUUCUAGCUAUCGGGUUUUUCAAUGAUACCGAAGUUGAAACUUUCAAAUAUACAAUUUAUGGUGAAAGUAAUGAUCCCGAAUAUCAAUAUCCAAAGGAAAUCGAAUUAAAAUAUCCCAAAGCUGGAUCACCAAAUCCAAUUGUUGCUGUCAAGGUAUUCGAUUUCACAAGUAAUAAAUUUGACGUUAUGAAUACAAUUGAAGCUCCAGUAAAUAUUGUGAGCGAAGAUCACAUUUUACAAAAUGUUCAAUGGAGUAGCAAGAAGGAAAUGUUAAUAACAUGGCUGAAUCGAAGACAAAAUGUAGCUUCGUUGCAAGCUUGCACGUUUGAUGGAAAGUGUAAAGAGGUAACACGUAUUAAUGAACCUAAGGGUUGGGUUACUAUUGGAAAACCUAUUUGCUUCAAAAAUGGACAAAAUUGUCUCUUCACUAAUUGGAUUGGAAAUUGGUAUCAAAUUUGGAACUUAGACUUAAAGACUGGAGAAAACAUUUGGGCUGCACGAGGGGAUUUCACCGUUACAGCAUUGUACGGUUACGAUGAGGCCAAUAACAAUGUAUACUAUCAAGCCACUCUUCCCGGAGACCCAGCUCAACAUCACGUUUUCCGUGAUGACACAUGUUUGUCGUGUGAAUUGAUAGAUGAAGACGGUGAUAAAUGCCGUCAAGCGUCAGCGACAUUUAGCAAAGGCUACACGUUCUAUAGUUUGACAUGUACAGGACCAAAUCCCAGUUAUACGGACUUAUUUGAUUCAAAGACCAAUACAAAAAUUGUUACCUGGCAAGACAACCAUGAAUUCCGAAAAAUGUUAUCUGGCAAACUUCGUCCUCAAAUCAAGUUUCUAAAUGUCACUUUAGGUGAUGGUUCAAUUGGAUUUGCUAAACUCUAUUUGCCACCCAAUCUUACAUUGGAUAAACCAAUUUUGAAUAAAAAACACCCUCUGAUUGUUUAUGUCUAUGGUGGACCGAAUUCUGUGAGGGUAACGAACGCUUUCACAGUUGGCCUUGAGGGAUAUUUGACAACAAACAAAGAUGUUGUCUAUGCUAUUGUCGAUGGACGUGGAACUGGAAAUAAAGGAAAAGACCUGCUCUACAGUGUUAAUAAUAAUUUAGGUGAACAUGAAGUCGAAGAUCAAAUAGCUGUGACGAAAGAUUUGAAAAAGACAUUCAAAUUCUUGAGCAAAAAUAGAACAGCUAUGUGGGGUUGGAGUUAUGGUGGUUACAUGACAGCAAAGACAAUAGCAGCUGAUGAUGAGAAUGUCUUCCAGUGUGGAAUAUCAGUGGCUCCAGUGACGUCUUGGAUUUAUUAUGACACCAUUUACACUGAGCGAUUUAUGGGACUACCAACAAAAGGUGACAAUUUAGAGAACUAUAAGGUCAGCAAUGUUUUCGAAAAAUUGGAUAACUUCAAAACACACGAUUUCAUGUUGAUUCAUGGGUCUGGUGAUGACAAUGUUCAUUAUCAGCAAAGUUUGAUGCUGGCUAAAGUGUUACAACACAAUGACAUACUCUUCAGUCAGAUGACCUAUCCUGAUGAAGACCAUUCAAUUGGAAACUAUCUACCUCAUUUAUAUCAUACUAUUGAUGUGUUUUUCACAAAUUGUCUUGACCUUAAGGCCUAAACACAUGAUGCAUGUGGGCUACUUCAUUCGUCAGCCGGUCAAGCUGAAGUAACUUUUAGAGAUACCACAAAGUAUUGAAAUGUUAUAACAUUUUGUCAUUUUGCACAAAAAUUAAUUCCUAGAUUAAAAGACUUUUGUUUGUUAGAAAAUGAAUUUAAUGUAUGCAUAAUAAAUUCUAGGAAUUUAACCCAAAAUAAACAUAAAUCAAAUGUA